AUGACUAUUCCAGAGUUAAGACAAGCAAAAAUAUAUUUAUCCUCUACUUACCUUGUACGAAAUAUGGUUGAAGGCAAAUAUGAGAUAGAUGCUAUUCAACUCACAAACAAGGCUGGCGUCAUCGUCGAACGGGUCAUGAUAAAGGCCCAAAUCAAUGGCAGUGCCCAACCCGGACCACUGAUCUCAUUCUCGACACAUCUCGUUCAAAAACUCGACCUCGCUAUCCCAAUUUGGGAUUUGAGGAUGAUCCCCAUCCUAGUCGUCACUUUUACACCUUGUCUACAAUCACACGACCUUACUUCGCUACUAGCUCAGAAUGUCACCUACCAUCGGUGGCCCCUUGCUGGCUCAGUUGAGGAAGUUGUCCGAGUUCUUGUGAUUGCUGGAAGAGAUCUGGGAUACGAU